AUGUCUUCACGUGUAACCCGAUCAACUUCACAACGAGAAGUAAUACAGAAUGAAGCUAGUAAUGACUCUUCCGCAAUGGAUGAUGACAAUGAAAGCACUCACAGUGUACAAGCUCCAACAAAAUCAAGAGCAGGAAAAGGAACAUGGAUUGAAAAGAAUAAUGAUAUUAAAGUAAAACCAUGGAAAAGAUCGAUGAGAAAAGUUGAAUUUGUUUCUACUGUUGGAUAUGUUCAUUUAACGGAUAGUGAAAUUAAACAAUGGGAUGAAGAAAGAAGGAAGAGAGAACAAGAGAAUGGCAAUAUUGUACCAAACUUUCUUGCUGUAACUCUUAAACCAGCAGCUGCUAGUAAUUCUCAAACCAAUAAUACAACAACAACAUUAUCAACAACAGAGGAAGAAGCAGCAACAACCGAUGAGGAAACUAGCAAGCCUAAAUCACCAUCAACAGAACAACAAGAACAACAAGAGGAAGGAGAUGGUGCCACUGAUAAUAAUAAUGAUGAAACAACAGAAACUCCAAUGAAUAAUAAUGAUGAAACAAUGGUAACAGGAACAAAUGAGGAACCACAAAGUGAAGCUGAUUCUAAUCCUUUCGGUGGUGACGAUGAUGAUGAUAUGGACUUUAUGAGAGAUGAUUAA